UGCGUGCUGGAGAUGCAGAAACCAAGUAGCAGAAAGCUUUGAGCAGUUCUGGAUUACCAGUUUCUCCCAACAGCAAUAAAACGUGAAGAAUGAAGGCGACUGGAUUUAUUUCCCUGUGGACGUUGGUUUCACUGCCUUGUGGCCAGUUAGCGAAUCCUGCAGAACAUGAAGAUGUAGUGAAGCAUGCAAUAAAGCUGCACCGUGGGAAAGGAGCUGUUAUCGCUCAGAGGAAGCAGUGGGUGUUGGAGAGCUGCAGAAAACUGUCUGGUCUUCUUCGCCAAAAGAACGUUGUUCUCAACAAACUAAAAAAUGCUAUAAGAGCAGUUGAGAAGGAUGCAGGACUGUCAGAUGAAGAGAAACUUUUUCAGGUGCAUACCUUUGAAAUUUUCCAAAAGGAGUUAAAUGAAAGUGAAAACUCGGUCUUUCAAGCAAUCCAUGGCCUCCAGAGAGCUCUACAGGGUGAUUACAAAGAUGUUGUAAAUAUGAAAGAAAGCAGCAGACAGAGACUGGAAGCCUUGAGAGAAGCUGCAAUUAAGGAAGAAAUGGAAUACGUUGAACUCUUAGCAGCAGAAAAACAUCAAGUUGAAGCCCUUAAGAACAUGCAGCAUCAAAACAAAAGCCUGUCAAUGCUUGAUGAAAUUCUAGAAGAUGUCAGGAAGGCAGCUGAUAGAUUGGAAGAGGAAAUAGAAGAGCAUGCCUUUGAUGACAACAAAUCUGUAAGAGGUGUGAACUUUGAAGCAGUUUUAAGGGUGGAGGAAGAUGAAGCCAACUCCAAAAGAAAUGCUUCAAAAAGAGAAGUGGAGGAUGACUUAGGUCUUAGUAUGCUUAUUGAUUCCCAGAACAAUCAGUAUAUCCUUACCAAGCCCAGAGAUUCAACCAUUCCUCGUGCUGAUCACCAUUUCAUAAAGGAUAUUGUGACAAUAGGAAUGUUGUCUUUGCCAUGUGGCUGGCUGUGCACUACCAUAGGAUUGCCAACCAUGUUUGGGUAUAUCAUCUGUGGAGUACUCUUAGGACCAUCAGGACUAAAUAGUAUCAAGUCUAUUGUACAGGUAGAGACGUUAGGAGAGUUUGGUGUAUUCUUCACUCUCUUUGUGGUUGGUCUGGAAUUUUCUCCUGAAAGAUUAAGAAAGGUAUGGAAAAUAUCUUUGCAAGGACCCUGCUACAUGACAGUUCUGAUGAUUGCCUUUGGUUUACUGUGGGGACACUUGCUCCAAAUUAGACCAACACAAAGUGUCUUCAUUUCCACUUGUUUAUCUUUAUCAAGCACGCCAUUGGUGUCACGAUUUCUUGCAGGCAGUGUUCGAGGCGACAAAGAAGGGGAUAUUGACUACAGUAGCGUACUACUUGGCAUGUUGGUGAUGCAGGAUGUGCAGCUUGGUUUAUUUAUAGCUGUCAUGCCUACACUGAUUCAAGUAGGAGCGAGCACAUAUUCCAGCAUUUUCAAGGAAAUACUGAGAAUACUGAUACUGAUUGGCCAAAUUCUCUUUUCUCUGGCUGCUGUUUUUCUUAUAUGUCUUGUUAUAAAGACUUACCUCAUCGGACCGUAUUAUCGCAAGUUGCAUGCAGAAAGCAAAGGGAAUAAAGAAAUCCUCAUUCUAGGAAUAACUGCAUUCAUCUUCCUUAUGUUAACGAUCACAGAGCUGUUGGAUGUUUCAAUGGAGCUGGGAUGCUUCUUAGCCGGAGCUCUGAUCUCUUCUCAGGGUCACAUGGUUACUGAGGAGAUUAUGUCCUGUAUUGAACCAAUACGUGACUUUCUUGCCAUCAUUUUCUUUGCAUCCAUAGGACUUCAUGUUUUCCCCACAUUUGUAAUAUAUGAACUCACGGUCUUACUAUUCCUUACAUUGUCUGUGGUCAUAAUGAAGUUUGUCUUGGCAGUGCUUGUCCUUUCUCUGAUUCUUCCAAAGACCAGCCAGUAUAUCAAGUGGAUUGUCUCAGCAGGACUGGCACAAGUCAGUGAAUUCUCUUUUGUUCUGGGAAGUAGAGCACGCAGAGCAGGGAUCAUAUCUCGGGAGGUCUAUCUUCUUAUUCUGAGUGUGACUACUCUAAGUCUUUUACUUGCCCCUGCCCUGUGGAGAGCUGCGAUUAUGAAAUGUGUUCCGAGACCUGAAAGACGCUCAAGUACUUGAUUAAGAUUUGCACAUAUACAAGAACACAUCUUCUUGCAAGGGAUAUCUUCAUUGCUCAUUGUAUUUCUAUGCACUCAGAAAGCACGAGGUCUUGAGUAGUCAGUCCUCUUCACAUGCACUUGGUUAUAAGCCUUAUACUGACCUUAAAACAUAAACAAAAUUCAACAUCAAAAAAAUAGUUAUACAAUUUGAAUUGCACACCUUUUACAAAAAUUUACUGUCUCUCUGACAGGUUAGAAUCUGCCAGAAUAUUUAUUUCUGAUCCAAUCAGUUAUUCAGAGCAUAAAUUAUUUUUUUUUAAAUAUAGCAUCAUGCAAACU